CCUGCCCACUCUGGUCACACCACUGCCUCCACCUUCCUGUCCCGGCGUGGGUCACACUUUGUCCUAAUUUUAUAAAGCAGAUGGACCACCGCUGUCCACAGACUCCUCUGGACUCGGUCUGAGAAGAGCCUCCUUGUCAGACAGGUACAGAUUCAGUGAGGAGAUUGGAGUGAAAAUGGGCGAACGCUACGACUGCACACACUGCAAAGAGUCCCUGUAUGGGCAGAAGUACAUCCUAAGAGAGGACAAGCAGCACUGCAUCAAAUGCUAUGAAGAACUGUUCUCCAACAACUGUGAAGUCUGCCAGAAGAUCAUUGGCUGCACCAGCAAGGAUCUGUCUUACAAGGAUCGCCACUGGCACAGCGAAUGCUUCCUCUGUAUCAAGUGUCAGAGGUCUCUGGUGGAUCGGCCCUUUGCCACCAAGGAUGAAAUGCUAAUGUGCACUGAAUGCUACUGCAAUGAGUACUCUGCCAAAUGCCAUGCAUGCCUCAAGACCAUCAUGCCAGGCUCCAAAAAGAUGGAGCAUAAGGGCAACAAUUGGCAUGAGAAUUGCUUCACCUGCAACCGUUGCCAACAGCCCAUCGGGACCAGGAGCUUUGUGCUGAAGGAUGCCAACAACUACUGCCUGCCCUGCUAUGAGAAGCAGUUCGCUCUGCAGUGUGUCCACUGCAAGAAGCCGAUCACCACUGGAGGAGUGAACUACCGUGACCAACCCUGGCAUAAGGAGUGUUUCGUUUGCAUCGGGUGUAAGCAGCAGCUGGCCGGUCAGCGGUUCACCUCCCGGGACGACUUUGCCUACUGCCUCGACUGCUUCUGCAACCUGUUUGCCAAGAAAUGUGCCUACUGCACCACCCCCAUCAGCGGCCUCGGAGGCAGCAAGUACAUUUCAUUUGAGCAUCGUCAGUGGCACAACGACUGCUUCAACUGCAAAAAAUGCUCAGUUUCUCUGGUCGGCCGAGGUUUCCUGACAUGCAAAGACGACAUCCUUUGCCCCGACUGCGGCAAAGACAUCUGAAUGAUCUCAAAGCUGAGGAUGAGUUCAUACAAAAGAGCUGCCAUGCAUAAAACAGCAGCACAACUCUGCUAAGAUGGCCUUUUAGUUGCAUUGUUAUGUCUGAAAUGUUCUUAUUGCUAUAGAAUUUUUUUGCAUGCGCUGAUCAUAUUGUGCUUUACACAAGCUUUUCUUCCAAAGAGAGGUUUUCAGUUUUUGGGGAGAAAACUUUGAAGCAGUUUUUGUAACGACUGAGAAAAAUCCCCACUAGAAAGCAAAGUAUCACACAGUCAAUAAGUGUUAAUUUGUGUGUUUUUUGUCCAUAUAUUUCAACAGUACUAAAAAAGUAUAACACACUCAGUUUGGAAUUAAAUAUGUAUAGGACUGCAACUAUUUUAGACAUUUAAGAGGAUAGUGAUGGCACAUUUUUCAGCAGAGGUAAUGUAAUACUACUAAUACUUGUUCUAGUAUUGUAAAAUCAGCUGAAUGGUAUGUAACUAUGUUAAGAAUAACAAAGUUUUUAAAGUUUAUUCAUGUCUAUUGCUUGAUGAUUAACAAAAAUGUUUACACAUAACAGUACAAAUACUUUUAAUAGCAUAAAAUAUAUUGUAUAUCUCUUUUGAGGUUUUAGAAAUGUAUUUUCUGAAUACUCUUCGUUCCUGAACACAACUUUUGUGUUCAGUGUAGUGCAAUCUAAUUCUGGAAAUCACAGAUAAAAUGUGAUUUUCAACUAUAAUGCAAUAUUAGAGUUGAGUAAAUAGAAACAUUUAACAUUUAAAAUAAUUUUAUGGAAUAUCAACAAGUGUUUGCUAUUUACAAAAUGCAUAAUCUAUGUAAACUUACACUCUAGUGGUACAAAUCUGUGUUGAAGGUAUUAAAGGUUUAUGCAAAGAAAAUGUGAAAGCAAAAAAAGUGGUCAUCUUCAAUUGUGUAAUGUUUGGUUUUAGGCAGUUUAACACAUUUGUAUUUAAUUAAGCAAUAAAGAGUGAAGAACUAA